UGUUACUAAUUAGCAUCCUUUCAUUUCAGCUUGAAGAACUUCUUUCAGUAUCUCUUCUAAGGGAACAGUGACAUUCAAAGAUGUGGCUAUUGACUUUACCCAGGAAGAGUGGCAGCAAUUGGAACCUGCUCAAAGGAACCUGUACCGGCAUGUGAUGCUAGAAAACUAUAACAACUUAAUCACAGUGGGCUGUCCGUUUACCAAACCCGAUGUGAUUUUCAAGUUGGAGCAAGAAGAAGAACCAUGGGUGGUGGAGGAAGAAGUGUUAAAGAGACAUUGUCCAGGAGAACUAUCUGGACUUGACCAUCAGAAUAUACAGGACAGACUUUUGACACAACUCAGAGAUAAGUUCAUAAAAGUAUUGACUGAAGAAAAAGUCAGUGAAUGUCAUAAGAAAAUUUCUUAUGCAUUUUCUCCAAACUCAGAGUUUUACCCCUCUGUUCACAACCUCUGUGACUAUAACUUAUUUGGAAAGUGUUUAGAACAUAAUUUUGACUGUCAAAAUAAUGGGAACAUCCUGAUAAAAAAGGAAUACUGUGAAUAUAAUGAACCUAUAAAGUCAUCUAGCAGUAGAUCAUCUCAUUUUGUAGUAACCCCCUUUAAGUGUAGUCAUUGUGGAAAAGGAUUUAGUCAAACCUUUGAUCUCAUCAGACACCUGAGAAUUCAUACUGGAGAGAAACCCUAUGAAUGUAAAAACUGUAGAAAAGCCUUUAACCAUAACGAAAAACUCUUAAAACAUCAGAUAAUUCACAGUAGGGAACAUUCUUAUAAAUGUAAUGAAUGUGGGAAAGCUUUCAUUAAAGUGUCAAAUCUCAAUAGACAUCAAAGAAUUCAUACUGGAGAGAAACCCUAUGCAUGUAAGGAAUGUGGGAAAUUCUUCAGCCAAAAAUCAAAUCUUAUUGAUCAUGAAAAAAUUCAUUCUGGAGAGAAACCUUAUGAAUGUGAUAAGUGUGGAAAAGCAUUCUGCCAGAAGCAAAGCCUUGUGGCACAUCAGAAAGUUCAUACUGGGGAGAAACCUUAUGUAUGUAAUGAAUGUGGUAAAGCUUUCCCUCGAAUUGCAUCCCUUACUCUUCAUAUGAGAAGUCAUACAGGUGAAAAACCUUAUAAAUGUGAUCAAUGUGGAAAAGCCUUCUCUCAGUUUUCCAUGCUUAUUAUACAUGUGAGAAUUCAUACAGGUGAGAAACCAUAUGAAUGUAAUGAAUGUGGAAAAUCCUUCUCUCAAAGUUCAGCCCUUACUGUACAUAUGAGAAGUCAUACUGGUGAGACACCUUAUGAAUGCAAGGAAUGUAGAAAAGCCUUCAGCCACAAGAAAAGCUUCAUUACACACCAGAAGAUUCAUACUAGAGAGAAACCUUAUGAAUGUAAUGAAUGUGGGAAAGCAUUUAUUCAGAUGUCAAAUCUUGUUAGACACCAGAGGAUUCACACUGGAGAAAAACCCUAUACAUGUAAAGAAUGUGGCAAAGCCUUUAGCCAGAAAUCAAAUCUUAUUGCUCAUGAAAAAAUUCAUUCUGGAGAGAAACCUUAUGAAUGUAAUGAAUGUGGUAAAGCCUUCAGCCAAAAGCAAAACUUUAUUACACAUCAGAAAGUCCACACUGGAGAGAAACCUUAUAACUGUAAUAAAUGUGGUAAAGCCUUCUCUCAAAUUGCAUCGCUUACUCUUCAUCUGAGAAGUCACACAGGGGAAAAGCCUUAUGAGUGUGAUAAAUGUGGGAAAUCCUUCUCUCAGUGCUCAUUGCUUAAUUUGCAUAUGAGAAGUCAUACAGGUGAGAAGCCCUAUGCAUGUCAUGAGUGUGGAAAAGUUUUCUCUCAAAGAACUUCCCUUAUUGUGCACACGAGAGGUCAUACCGGUGAAAAACCCUAUGAAUGUAAUAAAUGUGGAAAAGCCUUCUCCCAAAGCUCAUCCCUUACAAUACAUAUACGAGGUCAUACAGGUGAGAAACCCUUUGACUGUAGUAAAUGUGGAAAAGCCUUCUCUCAAAUCUCAUCUCUUACACUUCAUAUGAGAAAACAUACAGGUGAGAAGCCUUAUCAUUGUAAUGAGUGUUGUAAAGCUUUCAGCCAAAAGUCACAUCUUGUUAGGCACCAAAAAAUUCAUACUCCUUAGAAAUAGAAACCCUAUGAAUAUAGUGAAUAUGGAAAAACCUUCAGAAGUAAUUAGCACCUCCUUUCAUAUUAUGUAACUGAUUACAGAGCAGAAAACUGUGAAUAUGGGAAAACCUUUUGAAGAAGUCACACAUUCAUGAAACAUGAGAAUUCUUACCAAGAUUAAGAAUUUUAUAAUGAAAAAGCUGAUCAUCAAAAACCUUUAGCAGAUAUCUUAUCUACCAAUAAUAUUUAUCAUUCUCAUUAAAACCUGAAACAAGAUGUCUUCUGUUAGCUUAUCAACAUGAUACUUGGGUUCCUAGCCAAUGUAUUAUCAAGAAAAAGAUUGGGGCCCUAAUCGGUUUGGCUCAGUGGAUACAGCAUC